GUCGGUCAGAGAGGAGUUUUAUAUGCUUCAUCUUGAGGGUAUUUCUUUCUACUGCUAGAGAUGUAACUCAUUAUUUUCAAACUUAUAAAUGGCUGUUGUGUCUUCUCCAGUGAUCUCUCUGGCUAAGAAGAGAUAUACUAGGUCUCUGAAAAUGGAUAUUCUCACAUAUUCUUCUUCCGAUAGAAAAGCCAGCAGUCACUGAAAUAAGAACUUGAAGUUACUUCCUCUUUUUUUAUGUCUUAAGAACAGGAAAUAAAGAAAUGAAGACGAUUCUCAGGGCAGAGAUCUGAAUCACAAUGCAUUUCACUCUGGCAACAGAACAAAUUUACUAAAGUGAUGACAGGACCCAGGGAGAACAAUGCUUUAUUUGAGCUGGCUAUUUCUUUGGCUUGUCGCGGGAGAGAAAAUUAAAGGAUUUAAUAUUUCAGAUUGCUCCACCAAAAGCAUUCUUUGGACAUAUUCUGCGGGGUAUGAGGAGGGGUUUUUCUUGUUUUGUGAUUUACCAGAGCCACAGAAAUUCGAUUUCUACCACAGAAGCCAACUCUUACCAACACAAGGCCCUGAACACCUGCCCUGCAGGGGUGUUAAGGACCUAUCUGAUGUCCAGUGGUAUGUACAACCUCAAAAUGGAGAUCUAUUGGAGGAAAUUACUGAAAACUAUCCUCACAUCAUCCAGGACAAGAACACUCUACGUUUUUUGACCACAAGGAUGAAUAAUGCUGGCACGUAUAUUUGUAGACCCAGGAUUAGGAGCCCCCAGCAUGAGGCCUGUUGUGUCAAGACGGUUUUGGAAGUUAAGCCCGAGACAAACACAUCCUGUGCGAGUUCUGUGUCACAUAAGCAAUACCUUCUUCUUGGUAGCACUGACUCCAUUUAUUGUCCCAGUCUCAGCUGCCAUAGUGAUGCACAAAGUCCAAAGGUGACCUGGUACAAGAAUGGAAAACUACUCUCUGAAGAAAGGAGCAACCCAAUCCUAGUGGAUGAAAUUUAUGACUAUCACCAGGGCACAUACGUAUGUGAUUACACUCAGUCAGACAGCACAAGUUCUUGGACGGUCAGAGCUGUUGUUCAAGUGAGAACCAUUGUGAAAGACACUAAUCUCAAACCAGAUAUCCUGGAUCCCAUCAAGGACACACUGGAAGUAGAACUCGGAAAGCCUCUCACUCUUAACUGCACGGCACGAUUUGGUUUUGAAAAGGACUUUAGACCUGUGAUAAGAUGGUACGUCAAAGAUUCUGACCAGGAGUGGGAAGUCCCAACACCUGAGGGGAAAAGUGUUAAAUCCACCUUAAAGGAUGAAGUCAUCGAGCGUGUCCUCCUUUUGAAAGAAGUUACUCAGAGUGACCUUCGCAGGAAGUUCAUUUGCUUUGCCCAGAACUCCCUCGGGAACACCACCCAGUCCAUCCAACUGAAAGAGAAGAAAGGAGUGGUGUUCCUGUACAUCCUACUUGGCACCAUCAUGACCCUGGCAGGCGUGCUGACGGCAGGCGCUUUCCUCUACACGUACUGGAUUGAAAUAGUGCUGCUUUACCGAACCUACCAGAGCAAGGACGAGACACUCGGGGAUAAAAAGGAGUUCGAUGCUUUUGUAUCCUAUGCGAGAUGGAGCUCUUUUGACAGUGAGGCCUCUUCAUCCCUGAGUGAGGAAAACUUGGCCCUGAAUCUCUUCCCUGAAGUUUUGGAAAACAAAUACGGAUACACCCUGUGUUUGUUUGAAAGAGACGUGGCCCCAGGAGGAGUGUAUGCAGAAGACAUUGUGAGCGUUAUUAAGAAAAGUAGAAGAGGAAUAUUUAUCUUGAGCCCCAACUAUGUCAAUGGCCCCAGUGUCUUUGAACUACAAGCAGCCGUGAAUCUUGCCUUGGAUGACCAAACACUGAAACUCAUUUUAAUUAAGUUCCGUUCCUUCCGAGAGCCAGAGUCUCUACCUCAUCUUGUGAAAAAAGCUCUUCGGGUUUUGCCCACAGUCACUUGGAGAGGCUUAAAAUCAGUUUCCCCCAAUUCCAGGUUCUGGACUCAAAUGCACUACCACAUGCCAGUGAAAAACUCUAAAGGAUUCACGUGGCACCGUCUCAGAAUCAUCCCGAGGAUUUUUUCACUGGAAAAGACUCCUCGGUAAAACAGAAACCACUGGGAGGAGCUCCCAGCCCAGGGAAUGGUGCAAUGGGCCUGGAACCACCUCCCCUCCAGUCCUUAGUGAGUAGAGAUAUUGGUGGACGGAACGCACAGCAUGAGUUGGGCUGAUAUAAAGUGGAGAGUGUGCUGCCAGCCCUGAGUGAGCUUGGCAGGUACUGGAAUGACACUGAAGCUGCAGUUAGACCCCUGAUUUCCUGGACUGGACAAAGGGAGUGAAUUCUCCAGGUGCUUCACACAUUCAGCACACAAUGCCCCCAAGAUUUUCCUAGUGGUCUGAGCAGAAUCAGCAGAUAUAGCCACUUUUGCUUGUAGCUGUGGACUAUCCUGUCUCCUCUGUAUUGUACAUAUAAAUUUAUAUAGAUUUGCAAUCAAAUAAAUGUUAUUUUAUUAGAAAUGAGUGAUUUAAACUUUGCCUAAAGCUUCUCUGUUAAGAAGACAAUUUUUAUUCCGUGUUUACCCAUUAACUGUGGAGCACGGAUUGCAAGUAGGAAAGGCAGAAGCCAGGGGGACGAAGAGCAGACAGGGCCAUGGUUAGUCUCUACUGUGUCCUUGUGGGAAGUGCCCACUGUGGGCGGGCGGAUGAGCUAGAGGAAGGAGCCCCUUCCGCUAGGCCGAUGCAGCCCUGUGCUAGACACAAGGCUGAGGGAGCGAGUAGGGCUAAUUUCAGUUCCUCCUUGUCCCCUUGGCCUUUGUGCAGGGCGUGAAGUACGUGACCUUACUGUGGGCCGCUGGCAGUAGGGACCAACUAGGCCAAAAUGGUGAGGCCAAUGAGGAGAAAAGGAAUGGACUAGCAGUUACUUACCAAGUAGAAAGGCAGUGACAAGAGUCAGUCAAGGGUCUGGAAAACAAGUGUAUACACUGGUUCAAAGAUAGCAAGGAUGGAGGUCAAACAGAGCUUUUGUCUGAGCCACGCGCCUCUUGAGGCUGGCGCUCCUUGUAUGUGCUUCCUGACCCGCUGGUCUCAGCUGAAGUUCUCCUAAGGAAUGGGGAGGUAUGCUGGAGUACCAAGUGGUUGUUCCUGAUAGACAAGGCUAUGUCAUUCUCAUAAGUUUGUUUUCCUUAUGCGCAUUCAGUCUGCAGUUAAAACAGUGUUCUAGUCAUAGGUGAGUAUAAAACCUUCAUGCUCUGUCAUCCC